UUUAACAGUUCCGGAGGAUGGAAGAUUCCGGAGACGGUCGUUCCACAGUAUCGCUGCUCCGGGAAUACCCCAGGCUGGUUAAUUGGUCCCCAUCCCAACGUGGGAGAGGGGGAGGUGACCAGGACCGUCUGCUUCACUUCUCAUAACAACACCUAUUUCUUGAGAUGGGAGAUCAGGGUGAAAAACUGCUCUGGUUAUUUUGUGUAUUGGCUGAAGCCGACACCCUGGAGUAACGCUGUGUAUUGUACAGUCACAGACUCCGCACUCGGUGAUCCGUGUGUAAACCACACCGUCCUGGAUCAGCCCUGGAGGAGCACGAAUUGUCCCAACACUGAGUGUACUGGUGGACAAUGGAUGGAUGAUGGAAAUCUUGCAGUGGGAUGGUACAGAUUUAACAGUUCCGGAGGAUGGAAGAUUCCCGAGACGGUUGUUCCACAGUAUCGCUGCUCCGGGAACACCCCAGGCUGGUUAAACGGUCCCCAUCCCAACGUGGGAGAGGGGGAGGUGACCAGGACCGUCUGCUUCACUGCUCAUAACAACACCUAUUUCUUGAGAUGGGAGAUCAGGGUGAAAACCUGCUCUGGUUAUUUUGUGUAUUGGCUGAAGCCGACACCCUGGAGUAACGCUGUGUAUUGUACAGUCACAGACUCCACACUCGGUGAUCCGUGUGUAAACCACACCGUCCUGGAUCAGCCCUGGAGGAGCACGGAUUGUUCCAACACUGAGUGUACUGGUGGACAAUGGAUGGAUGAUGGAAAUCUUGCAGUGGGAUGGUACAGAUUUAACAGUUCCAGAGGAUGGAAGAUUCCCGAGACGGUUGUUCCACAGUAUCGCUGCUCCGGGAAUACCCCAGGCUGGUUAAACGUAAGUCUCACGUCAGUGGUAGGGAAGGCAGUGGAGAGGAUUCUUACGGAUGGGACUUCUGAGCAUUGGGCAGACCGUGGGUGA